AUGGCAAGAGAAACCUGCCAAUCACCAGUGACUAUGCUUCUCAAGCCGUAUAACGUUCCGCUGAUCGAAGAAGAAACGGAGGUUGGACACCACAUCGGUGCCGUUGUAGAUGUGACAGAACGAGAUGGAGUGACCGAGUUUGGGGACCGUCUCAAAGUGUUCAAGGCAGCUCGAGUCAACAAUGGAGGCGUAGUCGAAUGGGAUCGACAGGGUGCUGGUGUAGACGUGGGCACUAGAGUAUCCGCUGCAGAUGAUACUGUAAAGGUUAGAGCCACAGCUUUUGGAAUCAAUGUGGGUCCAACAGCGAGUCGAACGAUAGUUGGACCUGGACCUGCGACACUUGGCAGAGCGAAAGGAGCCGCUUUGAAGACGUACACACCAUUUCCAUCGUUCUAUCGAGGAUACUAUACCCAAGGCGAUUGGUACAGAAAUCAAUUCUACAAGCAAGGAGAUGAGUACAAGACUCCAGUGCAACGAGCAUGUCCAUGGUGCUUUGCAGUCGACAGCACUUAUCCUGUGCAGCGAUUAUUCCCCUGA